AUGAGUUUACAUCAGGAAGAAGCUAUUGCAAGAGUAGUGAAAAAUAUUGGAGGUACUGUGUUUGUCACACAACCUGCCAAAUCCGUUGAGUCAUCAUUUACAAACUUGUUUCUGGAAAAAAUCACAUUGUUGAACUCAAAUGAACCAUAUUCUAGUGUACAAGAAUAUGUAUCACAAUUGAACAACGUUGAAGAUGAGGAUGCUGAAACAGAAGUUGUCACUGUCACCACUGAUGGUAUCACUCUUUUGAAGAACUUACCAUCAUUUUCAUCUGAAGUUUUCCAAACAAACAAGAUAGUUUCUCACGUUGAGUUGAAUAAUUUUGAUUACGCAAUUGUUACCGCAUUAAGGGAUCUACAGUAUCCUGUUUUGGUUUCGCAAACUUCCCAAGAGGCUUUCACGUAUGCAAACUUGGCCUACAACUUGGCCACCAAAUUCAACACUUCUGUUUUCCAUUUUUUUGCUCCAACAGAUUAUCAAUCAAAGAAGUCAAUUAAAUUAGCGGAAGGAGUAUUGUUAGAGAAAUUAGAAAAUUUGUCAUUGGAUGCCAUUGUUUCGAAAUUCAAUGUCAAACCAUUUGAAAUUGUGAACAAAGCUUCGAAUCAAAAAGAUGCUGUUUUGUUUUUGGGUCAAUUGAAUGAUGAAUUGAUCAAUGCCGCAAAGAAAGAGAAUGCAUUAUUGAUUAAUAUCAAAAUUUACAAACCUUUCCAAUUGCAAUAUUUGCUUAAUAUCAUUCCCUCGAGUGUUGAAACAAUCACGAUUGUGCAGCAAUCUACAACUCCAAUUGUUACGUUUGCUCCAUUGUUGCUUGAUUUUUUUUCGGAAUAUUCCAAGUAUCAGGCUUUGAAAAACUUUACAAAGAUUGUUUCUGCAACUUUUGGUUUGGUUACAGAUUAUGCUACUGUUGUUUCACAAUUGUUGGCAAACACUAGAUCUGAAAACCCUAAACAAAACUUAUCUUUUGGUAAGGUCAAUACAGUAUUGACAACCAAAUCUUCAAAGAAGAGAUAUGAGAAUUAUUUAGAAGCCGUUUCAGAAGCCCAUAAUUUAGAACAGGCUUAUCUUAAAGUAUUGCAGCAAAUCAACCUGGCCAAUUUGAAAGUAUUGAAUGAAUUCCAAGCUGCUGAUGCUGGUCUUGAAGUCAAUCCGGAAUUUGGAUUUGGUUCCUUUUUGUAUGACCAAGAACAACAAGAAAAUUUGGUUUCAUUGGUUCAAAAAUCCAUAAAGGAAAACAAGUUUCAUUCAAUAGAUAAUGGUAAGUUGAUUGAACUCCUUUCUCAGUGGUUGGUGCAGAUACAAGACAGCGGUGAAGUAGAAAAUAGAUUGCCAGUCGAAAUAGUGGACUUGCUAAAAACCGACGAAACAACUACCACUGCUCGUGAAUUGUUAGCAUUAUCUGGACACUUCAGGACAGAGAAGAAUUGGUUAAUUGGAUCAGAUGCCUGGUCUUACGAUUUAGGGUCAUCUGGUGUGCACAACGUGAUAACUUCUGGAAAGAACAUAAAUAUGUUGAUUAUUGACUCUGAGCCAUAUUCAGAGAAAUCAUCAAAUAAGGCCAUUAAUGGUUCUCGUAAGAAAGAUGUUGGUUUAUAUGCAAUGAAUUAUGGGGAAUGUUAUGUUGCCUCAGUUGCCAUCUACUCAUCUUACACUCAAGUAUUACAGGCUUUUAUCGAAGCAGAAAAGUUCAAUGGUCCAUCAAUUGUUUUGGCUUAUUUGCCGUAUCAUAGAGAAUCAGAUAGUACUUUAACUGUUUUACAAGAGACAAAGAAAGCCGUCGACAGUGGAUACUGGCCAUUGUAUAGAUACAAUCCAAGAGUUCAAAAUGAAACUGAUGCCUUCAAAUUAGAUUCUUCCAAUUUAAGAAAACAGUUAUCGGACUUUUUAGAAAGAGAAAAUAAAUUAACUAUGUUGGCAUCUAAAGAUCCAUUGUUGUCUAGAAACUUGACAGCCAAUGCCAACACUGAGGCAAAAACCAAACAAUCUAAGAUUGCAGACGAGUCAUUUGCUCAGUUGUUACAAGGGUUAUCUGGUCCACCUUUGACGGUUGCAUUUGCAUCUGAUGGAGGGAAUGCAGAAGCUGUUGCUAAAAAGGUUAAUAGACAAGCUUUGGGUAGAGGUUUAAAGUCAGUUGUUUUACAAAUGGAUGAUUUGUCAGUUGAAGAUUUACCCACUGAAACUAAUGUUGUUUUUAUUACUUCAACAUCAGGACAAGGGGAAUUCCCCACUAAUGGUAAACAAUUCUGGGACGGUGUUAAAAACACCACAGAUUUGGAUUUGUCUGGUAUUAGAUUUUCUGUUUUUGGUUUAGGUGACUCUCAAUACUGGCCAAGAAAAGAAGACAAACAUUACUAUAACAAACCUGCCAAAGACUUAUUUGCCAAGUUAAAGCUUUAUGGUGGUGUUGAAUUGGCGGAUAUUGGGUUAGGUGAUGACCAAGAUGCAGAUGGAUUUUCUACUGGGUUCAAUGAAUGGAUCCCAAAAAUUUGGGCAGCCUUGGGUGUUGACAAUGUUGAAGGUGUUGAAGAGCCAAAACCAAUUACAAACGAAGAUAUGAAGUUAGGUUCUGAUUAUCUUAGAGGUACAAUUGUUGAGGGUUUAAACGAUCAAUCUACGGGAGCUAUUUCUGCUGUUGACCAACAAUUGACCAAAUUCCAUGGUAUCUAUAUGCAAGACGACCGUGAUGUUAGAGAUGAACGCAAAGCUCAAGGUCUUGAACCAGCUUACGCUUUUAUGGUACGUGUUCGUUUACCAGGUGGUAUUGCUACACCUGAGCAAUACUUGAAAAUGGACGAGUUGGCUGAUGAAAGAGGUAAUGGUACAUUGAAAUUGACUACCAGAGCAACUUUCCAAUUACAUGGUGUAGUAAAGCACGAUUUAAAGCCAGCAAUCAGAGGCAUGAACUCAGCAUUGAUGGAUACAUUGGCUGCUUGUGGAGAUGUUAACAGAAAUGUGAUGGUGUCAGCUUUACCACAUAAUGCCAAGGUUCAUGGUCAAGUUUCUCAAAUUGGAGCCUUGAUUUCUGAAUUUUUGUUGCCAAGGACAACUGCAUAUCAUGAAAUUUGGUUGCAAGGUGAUGAUCCUGGUGAUAAACCUGGCUAUAGAGAAGCUUGGGAGAAUCGUAAAGAAGGGCCAACCAAAAAGAAAACCUUGGUUGCUGGUAAUGUCUUGGCAGAUGUUGAACCACAAUAUGGGGUGACAUAUUUACCUAGAAAGUUCAAGAUUGUUAUAACAGUCCCACCAUAUAACGAUGUUGAUGUAUAUGCCCAUGAUGUUGGUUUGAUAGCUAUUGUUGAAGAUAAUGAAGUGGUUGGCUUUAAUGUUUUAGCUGGUGGUGGUAUGGGUUCGACUCAUAAUAACAAAAAGACAUAUCCAAGAACUGGAUCUAUGUUGGGUUAUGUAUCCAAAGAUCAAGUUCACAUAGUCUGUGAAAAGAUCAUGUUGGUACAGAGAGACUUUGGUGAUAGAACAAACAGAAAGCAUGCUAGAUUGAAGUAUACUAUUGAUGACCUUGGUGUUGACGUUUUCAAGGGUAAAGUUGAAGAUUUGUUGGGCUAUAAAUUUGAAGAGCCAAGACCAUUCAAAAUUGAAUCAAAUAUUGACUAUUUUGGCUGGUGUAAGGAUGAAUUAGGAUACAACCAUUUCACUGCAUUCAUUGAAAAUGGUAGAAUUGAGAAUACUCCAGAAUUACCACAGAAAACUGGUUUGCGUAAAAUUGCUGAAUUCUUGAAAUCAGGAAAUAGAUCAGGAGAAUUCAGAUUGACUGGUAAUCAGCAUAUUCUUAUUUCUAAUGUUUCUGACCAAGAUUUGGACGAAGUGAAGAAAUUGUUAGCUCAGUAUAAAUUGGACAAUACUGAUUUCUCUGCUUUAAGAAAAUCUUCUGCAGCUUGUGUUGCCUUCCCAACAUGUGGUUUGGCUAUGGCUGAAUCUGAAAGAUACUUGCCGGUUUUGAUCACCAAAUUGGAAGAGGCUUUAGAGGAGUAUGGUUUGAGACAUGAUUCCAUAGUGAUGAGAAUGACUGGUUGUCCGAACGGUUGUGCUAGACCUUGGGUUGCUGAAGUUGCAUUGGUCGGUAAAGCAUAUGGAGCAUAUAAUUUAAUGUUGGGAGGUGGUCAUCAUGGUCAAAGAUUGAAUAAGAUUUAUAGAUACUCCAUCAAAGAGGACGAAAUUUUGAACAUUUUGAAACCUUUGUUCAAAAGAUGGAGCUUGGAAAGAAAUGACAACGAGCCAUUCGGAGAUUGGUGUAUUAGAGCAGGAAUUAUUGCAGAAACUACAGAAGGGAAAUAUUUCCAUGAUGACAUUGCUGAAGACGCAUAA